CUGUUUCGGUCCCUGUCCUUUCCUUCCGCCGCCAGCUGCUCUUUGGCCUGUCCGGAGGGGACUCCAGGCUAUGCUCAGAAGCCUACCUCGGAUCCCCAGGGCCCUCCCGGCAGGUCCCCGUCAGCCUCUGCCUUUCCCCCAGGGCUUUGAACGGAGGCUGCGGCAGCCUGCCUCCCAGGGUCAUCGCGAGGGCAAGAGCGGUGAGGUGGGAAAAGCCCCCUGUGCAGGGACGGGCAGCUCUCCCGUCUGCAGGGCUUGUGAGAGAGCGGAGCUGCCGCAGCCACAACUUUGAGGAAGUGCCCGUGGGCUGGUGCCGCUUCCUCUUGUGGGCCAGGGAGCGUCGGAGGUUCCCAGAGGCCUGCCUGGCAGCUGAACAAAAGGUUCGUCCUCAGUUUUCUCCAUGCCCAUGGGAAGCUGUUUACCCGGAUUGGGAUGGAGACCUUCCCUGCUGUGGCAGCGGAGGUCCUGAGCGCGUUCCAGGCACUGUUGGAGCACAGCCCCCCACCGAUCGGAAGCACCCGACUGCUGCAGCUCGUGGCCAUCAACAUGUUCGCCGUGCACAACUCUCAGCCGAAAGGUACAGGCAGGCCGGGGGCGGGAGCCCAAAAAGAUUCCCCAGGCUUGGUGCCUGCGGGGGAAUGAGGCCUUGGCUGUGGUGCUGUCCCCAUGCUUGGUGGGAAGGGCUCCUUGUGCGUCUGAAAGACCCUAACCAGGAGCGGGCAGAGUUCUGGAAGCCCCCCUCGCUCUGGAAGUUUGGGGUUCUCUCGGUGCCCUUUCCUUCUGGUGUGUAAAAUUGCU